UGGAUAGUUUCCCAAUUGGAGAGCCGAGCCUGAUACAAUGGUGUAAAUUAAACAACACUGCCCCCUGGUGCAUUUUACAUGUACUUGCAGCUCGGACGAGCAAACUACUGUAAUAGGUGAACUACAAGUUUACCUACCGGACUAGAAAUGGAUUAAAAGCACAUCACCGGCUAAAGCCUCCGUGUGUGGAGUCCGGCUGCUGUGAAACAAAGGCCGACAGAAGGUGACGUGACGUCGCCUCACCUGUAGGCGGGGACAACAUUUUUUUUUUUCUUCAUUGUUUUCCCUCGCUUUUAGGGACGAAACGAGACAAGGAGUGUUGUUGUUGUUGUUGUUUUCUGAUUCUUCCAUCUCAGCAGGAGCACAAACAUGUCGGAUGCUUUAAACUCGCUCGUAACUCAGUCUUGCUUCAGCGUUUUACAGGACAGGCUGGAGAGAUGGCAAAGAGAGUAUCAUGUGAUUUCCUGUGACGAGAACAUGAAUCGGUGCUGUGAGAUGAUAGAAUUUACGGCCAAAAUCCAAGGGCAGCUUUUCGCUGUCCUUAACUCUGUGGCUGCUGAAGGUGAACACACAGACGGAGUGUCCACGCUUAAAACGCGCCUGCUUCCGUGGCUGGGGACUUGUUUCUCGCCAUUACAGCCCCCCGCCCACAAAGACAACAGUUUCAAUCUCUUGCAGGAUUUGGCAGAGAAGGAGCGUAAACUGACGGAGCUCAACAGCGGCAACACGAGCGACAUGCAGUGGGUGGAGUCGCAGCUGUGCUCCACUCGGCUGCAGCUGGACUCGGUCAAGGCGGAGCUGGAUGAUGCUCACAGGGAUCUGAACACGACAAAUAACAAAACUGCCAGCAACCUGCUGGAGGAUGAACUACUGCAACUGAAAGAAGACUUGAGAGGAGCACACUUACAAAAGGAUCUUUACAAGAAGAAGCUGGAUUCCUACCACGAUUACGAACGUCAGAUGUCGAAGUUGAGGGCCGAAGUCUCGUAUCGAAGCUCACAGAGACUGGCCAGAAGCAAUUCUGCGAGGACUCCGGCAGGGCCGCGGUACGCCUCCAGCCCCCUCGGGUCCGAGGCGACCCCCCGGUCCCAGCUCACCGGCUCGUCCCGGCUCACGCGCGUGGUGUCGCGCUUCAGCGAUCUGUACAACGUGGAGCGCAAAGAUGCGCAAUUCCAGCUUCAGGGCUUCAUAAAUGAUUUGGAGACGGUGCAGAGGAUCAUCUUCAUCGCCAUAGUUGAAUCCUUCAAGGCGGCUAAACUCGCGCACCGUCUCUUCAGGCUGCGCGCGCGCAAGACUCUGUCCGUGUGUCACUUCGGGCCUGAAAGCCUUGAGGACACCGUGGUGGACUACGUCGUCCGAAACCAGGACCUCUAUGACGUGCAGAACAGCGUUGACGAAGUGCUCAGCGCCAUGAACCUCAACCCUCGCAUCGCCUCCAUCCCGAAAGUCAACUUUUCCGUGGCCAGCCCCUUGAUUCGGGAAACGUGCAAGCUGGCCUUCACCAUGCAGACGCUGGACCCGCCCAUUGACUUGGCCUUCGCCAGCGAUGGGGAACUUUACAUCGGCAACAAGUACCGCCGCAGCCCCGAUUCGGACCUCUCCGCCGAGCUGGUCUUGUACCACGUGUGGCCCGCUCUGAUGCAGGGCGGCACCGUGCGCUGCAUGGGCGAAGUCGUGACCAAGAAAGGAGCUGUGUGGAAGAGAAGCGCAAUCAGCUACAUACGCUCCCGGUCUCUCAGUCCAACUCGCAAUCCCACGUUCAACGACGGGAUGAGCGCCUCGUCUCCGGACGCGAUCGCCUCCAGCUGCUUGUGAGCUGCUUGCGACGGGACGUAGAUCUACACCACGCGGAACACAAACCGGAUUGAACUGGUCUGUUUACACCUGCGCUCACGCAUCAGUUUGACGAGAGUCCGAAGUAGCCUAGUACGUGGACCUUAAGCUGGAUAUCAAAGAUACCAUGUGAUCGCUCAAACGGGCUUCCAGAAGUACUUCAACUCCGCCAGUAUCACAGUGACUGAUUGAUAUCCAGUAGUAUCGUAUUUUCUCUCCAUCAUUGCUUUGAUGCAAAGCGCUUUUUUACUACCCGAGUAGGAAAUAAAUCGCUUGUGCAUUAACAUGUCAUUUCUGAAACUACUGCCUUUAUCGCCAUGUCGGUUUGCCGUCAAGCUACAGCAGAUGGCUUGAACGUACGACUACUGUAGCACUUGUUUGGGUGCUUUUAAGUGUUUGUGUAGCAAUACUUUUUUUUUUACAUUUACAUCCUUACAUCAUACAUUUUUUUUAUUUUUUUUUUACAAUUUGUUUAUUGAGCCAAUUAUUUUACACUAAAACAAAUGUCACAAAAAGUAUUACGAGUAGUAUUGAAUUGUUCUGUCUGUCGCUAUAUGUCACUGGCAUAGGUUUGUUGUCAAUAAAUAAUAUAUUUCUUGGAUAAGGAAUCACCGUUUUACAUGAUAUUAAAGAUUGUUUUAACAACA